AUGGAGCAGCAAGAAGAGAAGGAUAAACUUAAGACAGGGGAACUGAAAAGAAAAACACACACCGAAACGGACUUCAACUUGGUUGGAAAAACCCUCACCGCUGCUGUAUUUCCAGCAGAAGACGCCAAAACGGGGAAGAAUAUAAGAAGAGAACUGGUCUGGCUUCUGGUGAAUACAUUUGGUUUGGAACAAUCAUCUUUAUCCAGAAUAGUGUGGGUUACAAAUCAGGGCAGUAACAUCGUGAAAGCUUUGGAGCCUUACAAGCGCAUCUCGUGCCUUGACCAUGUUAUCAACACUGUCCUUCGCCAUGGGCUGGACAAGGACGCACUGUCUGAAAACGCCCCAGACAUUGGAGAAACCAUUACUGCAGUCAAGAGUGUUGUCCGUUUCACCAAGCAAUCUGGUUUGGCAGCACAACUAUCAAAAACAGUGCUUCAGAUGGGCGAAACCAGAUUCAGCACCAUCUAUUUGACACUCAAGUCUGUGCGCGAGAUAUAUACUGAGUUGUUUGCACUGUUCCUGUGGCCUACCUUCAACAAACUCAAAAUGAUGACACCGACAGAGGUGUCAGAAGUGCAUGUACAUGUCCGCACACUCCUGGAAGAGGAUGGAGGAGAAGCCAAUCCUAGGCCUACAACUGUUGAAAACGAGAUGGACGAGGCGCACACCUCCAGCACCCUUUCUCCACCUGCAGCAAAACGAAAAAUUUCCCUAUUCGCUGAGUGGGAAAACGCGGAUGAGGACGAUGAUGCACCUGUUCGAGAUGAAGUUAGCAUGUACAUCAGUCAAAGGCAUGCCAUGGAUGAUGACCGAGAUUUGCUUGGCUGGUGGAGAACAAACUCCUGUAUAUACCCUAGGCUUGCCAAGUUAGCAAGAUCCGUGUUGUGCAUACCAGCAAGCAGCAGCAGCAGUGAGCGAGUUUUUAGCGCAGCUAGCCGCACGAUAGACCAGCGGAGAACUUCACUGAAACCUGGCACAGUGGACGCAAUCUUGUUCUUACAUGACGACCACCGAAUAUUAAGUGAAGAAGGUCACUUAAAAGUCGAAAUGGCUGCAAAAUCAGUUUCACAAGAAGAACUGGAAAGUUUAUUGGCUGAUCUGAAUGGUCAGUAUAGAUCAGCAGAAGAAUUGAUGUUGAAUCCAAGAAAUAAGGAGAUUCUACAAUCAAUCAAGUAA